AUGUCGGAAGAUGCAGACGUCACUCACAGCCGUCUUAUUGGUGAGAAAGAUGUGCUAGCAGCUGUAACGAGCGAAUAUCUGGACGAGAAUGCGAGCAAGAAGGACACGUCGGCGGCCACAGUGUGUUUGGGACGCGUAUUCAUGACUACAUUUCGCUUUCAGUUCGUGCCAGAUGAGCACGAAUACGAUUGCGCGCGAUGUCAUUUGCUGAACCGUAGCAAGGACGAGAUUAAUAGUUUCUUUCUUAUACCUUUAGGCUGCAUUGGGUCAGUUAAGAAGAAGAAUUCGAUAGUGGAGAUUUUCACGAAAGACUUGCGCCGAUUGUCGUUUCGAUUUGAUGUCGUGGAGAUCACAAAGAUAUUUUCCGUGUUGAAGACGUACGUGUUUCCAGACAAAACUGAGUUUUUAUUUGCAUUCUAUCAUAGAUUGUCAGAGAAUAUGCUGGAAAAAGAACCACUGUUGCCGUGCGUUUUAGACUGGGAUGUCUAUGACGACCAGAAUGAGUGGGAGAGGCAGGGCGUGUUUGAAAAUGAAAAUUGGAGAGUUACAAGCUGUAACGACAAUUUUUGUGCGAUUGACACAUACCCCGAACGACUUGUUGUUCCAGUUAGCGUGACAGAUGAGGUGCUUCUCGAUGCCAUGAACUUUCGCUCUCUUGGUCGCAUCCCGUGUCUGACGUGGCUAAAUAGAGUGAAUAGAGCUACUUUGUGUCGGUCUAGCCAACCAAAGGUUGGAAUGUCAAAGGCUACGUCACCCGCUGACGAAUGCUUAGUCGCCGGGAUCGCAUCGGCGAGUCUACUGCAGGAUCAACUGCAAAUUAUUGACUGCAGGCCGAUGUCGAGCGCAGUGGCAAAUCGCGCAAAAGGAUAUGGCGUUGAGAGCUCUGUUGAUUACAAAAAUUGCACAGUGAGCUUUAUGGAAAUUCCUAAUAUCCAUUCUAUGAGAGAAAGCAUGAGAAAGCUGCGCAAUCUCUGUGCAUCGCCUUCGUGUGACAAUAUGCGGUGGCUCGGAAGUAUCGAAGACACGAAGUGGUUGGUUUAUAUUCGCCAGCUUUUGAAAGCGAGUCUUCACGUAGCAGCGCUACUUCGAUCAGGUGAAUCGGUACUGUUACACUGUAGCCAUGGCUGGGAUCGAACGAGUCAAAUCGCUUCGCUUGCUCAAAUUUUUGUGGAUCCAUACUUUCGAACUUGGAAAGGAUUUCAGGUGUUGGUGGAGAAAGAAUGGCUUUCUUUUGGACACCCUUUUCAUCUCCGUCAUUCGCAUGGUGAGAAAGCGGAUACGCAGGAAUCGCCGAUCUUUGUCCAAUUCCUGGACUGCAUUUCGCAACUAGUUCGAAUCUACCCAAAUUAUUUCGAGUUUAACGAAGGUCUUUUGCUCCUACUAGUUGAUGCGUUAUAUUCGUGCCGUUUUGGGACAUUCUUUUUUGAUUGCAAAAAACACCGCCACGAUGCUGACUUGGAAAACAGGACUCCAUCCGUGUGGACUUGGGCAAAUGGCUUCCGCUCACAGCUUACCGAGCAGACAUACGUUCCGAAGCUAGUCCUGAAUCCGCCGUUGGCUGGUUUGCUAAAGCGCGUUGCGCUGUGGGACGCAAUGUUCAUGCGCUGGUCUGGCCAACCGCUGGUGCAAGAACCUCCGGUUACUACAAAUUUCUUCGCCGACAACGCACAGCGUACACCAACCUGGCAACUACCGCAGAGCACAAUCAACGCCUUGAACAUUGUGCUCACCCAAAGAUAUCGCGAAGCUCGAUUGAUUCAGGAGCUUGAGGAGCGCAUUGUAGCUUUAGAGGAAAAAGUAAAUGGUCGCAGAGGUUCAAGGCAUUAG